AUGUUCGAAUACCCAGAGGACUAUGCAAUUCUUGAUUUCAAGAUCAAGAUUGAUCCUGAGGGUGUUCACAAGGUUCAAGCUAUGUACACUCCUCCUGAUCACAAGAUAUUUCACCUUGUUCCUCCCGAAUUCCAUGACAUGAUCUCUGGGAUUUAUCAAAGUGUUGGUGAGCCAAGUGUCAACAGAGAGUCAUGCUGGGAUGUCUACCUCCAGUUGCUUUCUGAAUUCCGGACGCUUGAUGAGAUUCACGGUGUGGAUGUCAGCGCUAAUGAGAAUUGGGGUUAUGCGCUCACACAAGCAUUGGACGACUACAAUGACAAAAUUCAGCCCAUCCCUGGUCUCAAGGAACUACGCGGAGGUGAAGGUGUCAUUGGUCCAGAUGGCGGAUAUUAUAUGGGUGGUGUAAAUCAAGGUGAUGGUUUAGACCAAGGCUUACGGUCUAAAUUGAACCAGGUGAUUGACAACGUAGAGCCCAAUGUCAAUGGUGAUUUGCAAAAUGAACCUUCCACAUCGGAUGAUUUAUUUGCAUGGUUUUCUGAUGAAGAGGAGUCUUUAGCGGCAGCAGAGGGUGAUUGGUAGCAAUAAUUGUACUGUAUCUCUACCUAUUCAUUGACGAGCAGUGAUGCGCCCUAGCCCUGAAAUCAAUCUAU